UUUUUUUUUUUUUUUGAAUGGCUUACAAAAACAACUAUUGGUCACCUGAAUAUUCAAAUAAUAACAACCCAAAAGCUUCUUCGAUUUCAAAAAAACCUUUUUCCUUUUCAAGAAGUAAAUCUUAUGAUAAUAGAAAUCAAUUUGGGCUAUGUACAACCUGUAAUAAACCGAAUACACAUACCGAAUGGUGUCAAAAAUGUAAUUCAGAAAAUUUUCGAAAGAAGUUUAAACAUUGGACAAGUGGUAAUGAAUUAAUUGAUAAAUUUAUAAAAGAUUUUCAAUUAAAUGCUACUAAUAAUAGACAAGUAUUAGAAUGGAUUCCAUAUGAUCAAUUUCGAAGUUUUAAAUUUGUUGCAAGGGGUGGUUUCGCUAAAGUUUAUUCUGCCAUUUGGAAGGAUGGAUUUAUUAAAAAAUGGGAUCAUGAAAAAGAUGAUUGGGGAAGAAUGAGUAAUUGGAAAGUUGCAUUAAAAACUAUGCAGAAUUCUGCCAAAUUAUCACCGAAAUUUUUUGACGAAAUUAAAGCAUGUGUUAAAUGUGGAGGAGGAUUCGGGUUAAUUAGAUGUUAUGGAAUAUCGCAAGAACCGGAAACGGGAGAUUAUAUUAUAGUGUUAUAUUAUGCGCAUCGUGGAAAUUUAAGAACUUAUUUAGAACAAAAUUAUGGGGAACUUGAUUGGAUACAAAAGUUGGGGAUAUUAAAACAAAUUGCUGAAGGAUUAAAUAAAAUUCAUCAAGCAGGAUUAGUUCACAGGGAUUUUCACAGUGGAAAUAUCCUUCAAGGUAAAAAUGCUGAGAUAGCAGAUUUAGGAUUUACUGGACCCGCAGAUAAAGAAUCUACAUCGGAAUAUAAUCGCACAGUUUAUGGUGUUUUACCUUAUGUUUCACCCGAAGUUUUACGUGGUAAAAUUUACACUCCCGCGUCCGAUAUUUACAGUUUUGGUAUUAUUAUGUGGGAAGUUUCAGAGUGUAUCCCUCCAUUCAGUGAUCGUGCACAUGACGGCCUUCUUGCUUUAGAUAUUUGUCGUGGACUUCGCCCUAUCAGUGAAGUCUGUAUGCCAAAACCUUUUGUUAAAUUAACUAAUAGAUGCUGGGAUGCAAAUCCCAAAAAACGUCCCAAUGCCCAUGAGCUAUAUGAAACGUUUCAUAAAUGGUAUUGGGAUUUAAAAGAUGGUGUCGAGAACGAAAUAACUGCAGCUUUUAAUACCGCUGAUUAUGAUUGUUCUCAAUUAUCAUCUCCAGCAUCUAGCAGACCCGUAACUGUAACGCACCCGUUAGCUAUUUAUACCAGUCGUUUACUGGAUUUUACUGAUCUUCCUGAACCUAUAAAUGCUCCAUUCAAAAGAUUAUCGGUUUCAACUACACGUUCGAUUGAUACAAUCACAGGAGAAGAAGAGUAUGUGACGCGCCAAUUUGAAGAAGAUCUUGUAUAUGUUCCCGAAACAGAAACGAUAUCUGCAGUUACGUUCGUACCUGAAGAGAAAGAUGUGUAUAUCACGCGUCAAUUUGAUACCGACCUUCCUUGGGAAGGAUCAUAAAAAAUUUUAAAAUUAUAUUCCUUUAUUAUAAACAUUAAUUAUUAAUAUUUAUUAUAAGAUCUAAUAUUUAUUAUAACAAUAUUUGUUAAUAAUUUUUUUAUGACAUAACUUAACUAAUAGGUUACACAUUUUAGAAACAUGUGAUCAAAAAUAAAAAUGCAUGUGGUAUUUUGUAUGGGCGAUUAUAUAUUUUUUUGUCAAUAUGUAUUCUACCAGUCUAACCACUUUUU